AUGUUACAGAUACCCCUUUGGAAUCUUGGGAAAGUUGUGGUGCCUGGCAGUUCUCAAUCAGAGAAAGGUAGGCAAUCACCAAUGGAGAACAGGUAUGGUCUAACAAGGCAGUGCAGUGGAGUUUGGAGGGCCUUGAGAGAUGGAGACUUUGAGGAAGAGGAUGUUUGGGAGGUUCUAAAAGAUAGGAACAGUUCUAGUAACAAAAUGGUUGGUAGAUCCAAGGAAUCCUCUGUUUCUGUUCCAAGACACCUCCCAACUGCUUCAAGAAUGAUCCCAAAAGCUAGCAGUCACAAUUAUGGAAGUGGCAGUAGCUGUAGUAGCAGCAACACCAUCACUCAUGAAGCCAAAAUUGUCCAACAAUCAGCACCUGUCAACAUUCCUGAUUGGUCAGAAGUAUAUGGACAGAAAUCAAAGAAGGUCCCCAAGAAUGUUUCAUGGCAGAAUGAUGAUGCUGAUGAUGAAGAAGAAGUUGGGGAUGAUGAUGGGGACAGUGAUGAUGAUGAUGAGGAGGAAGACUAUGACUCAAAGGUACCCCCUCAUGAAUUUAUUGCUAGGAGGCUUGCAAGGAGCCAGAUUUCUUCUUUUUCUGUUGUUGAAGGUGCUGGAAGGACCCUCAAAGGGAGGGACCUCAGCAAAGUGAGAAACGCUGUUUUAACAAAAACUGGUUUCCUUGAAUCAUUGUGA